CGGCGGGCGGCUCAGUCCGUGAGUGACGGCGGCCGGCGGAACAGCGGCGUCAGUGGCGGCUCAGCGGCCCGAAGCGCGGACCAGGCUUGCGGAGGAGGGCGGAGCCGGCCGCCAUGAAGCCCCCCGCAGCCUGCACGGGGGACAUGCUGGACGCAGUGUCCCCAUGCUCUGCGGUGAACCACCUGCGUUGGGACUUGAGCGCUCUGCAGAUUGAGGCACUCACCAAGGAGCUCAUUGAGCAGACCAAGCGUGUGUAUGACCAGGUGGGCGCCCAGGAGUUUGAGGACGUGUCCUACGAGAGCACACUCAAGGCUCUGGCUGACGUGGAGGUGACCUACACAGUGCAGAGGAACAUUUUGGACUUCCCCCAGCAUGUGUCCCCAUCCAAGGACAUCCGCACAGCCAGCACAGAGGCUGACAAGAAGCUGUCAGAGUUCGAUGUGGAGAUGAGCAUGAGGCAAGACGUAUACCAGCGCAUUGUGUGGCUGCAGGAGAAAGUCCAGAAAGACUCGCUCCGGCUGCGGCCAGAGGCAGCACGGUACCUGGAGCGGCUAAUCAAGCUGGGCCGGAGGAAUGGGCUCCACCUGCCUAAGGAGACUCAGGAGAAAGUCAAGCGCAUCAAGAAGCAGCUGAGCCUGCUGUGCAUCGACUUCAACAAGAACCUGAACGAGGACACCACCUUCCUGCCCUUCACGCGCGACGAGCUAGGUGGGCUCCCAGAGGACUUCCUGAACUCCUUGGAGAAGACUGAGGAUGGCAAGCUGAAGGUCACACUCAAGUACCCCCACUACUUCCCCCUGCUGAAGAAGUGCUAUGUGCCUGAGACACGGCGGAAGGUGGAGGAGGCCUUCAACUCCCGCUGCAAGGAGGAGAACUGCACCAUCCUCAAGGAGCUGGUGGCUCUGCGGGCAGAGAAGUCGAGCCUUCUGGGGUUCCCCACACAUGCUGACUAUGUCCUGGAGAUGAAUAUGGCCAAGACCAGCAAGACUGUGGCCACCUUCCUGGAUGAGCUGGCGCAGAAGCUGAAGCCGCUGGGUGAGCAGGAGCGGGCCGUGAUCCUGGAGCUGAAGAAGGCCGAGUGCGAGAAGCGUGGGCUGCCCUUCGACGGGCGCAUCCACGCCUGGGACAUGCGCUACUACAUGAACCAGGUGGAGGAGACGCGCUACCGCGUGGACCAGAACCUACUCAAGGAGUACUUCCCUAUGCAGGUGGUCACACGCGGGCUGCUGGCCAUCUACCAGGAGCUCCUGGGGCUGAGCUUCGCCCUGGAGGACGGCGCUGCUGCCUGGCAUGAGGACGUGCGGCUGUACUCUGUGCGAGACGCCGCCUCAGGGGAGGUGAUCGGGAAGUUCUACCUGGACCUUCACCCCAGGGAGGGAAAGUAUGGGCAUGCAGCCUGCUUUGGCCUGCAGCCUGGCUGCCUACGGCAAGAUGGCAGCCGGCAGAUCGCCAUUGCAGCCAUGGUGGCCAACUUCACCAAGCCCACACCGGAUGCACCCUCGCUGCUGCAGCACGAUGAGGUGGAGACUUACUUCCAUGAGUUUGGUCACGUGAUGCACCAGCUCUGCUCGCAGGCGGAGUUUGCCAUGUUCAGUGGUACUCAUGUGGAACGCGACUUUGUAGAGGCUCCCUCGCAGAUGUUGGAAAACUGGGUGUGGGAAAAGGAGCCCCUGCUGCGCAUGUCUCAGCACUAUCGCACCGGCAGUGCUGUGCCACAGGAGCUGCUAGACAAGCUCAUCAAGUCCCGCCAGGCCAACACAGGUCUCUUCAACCUGCGCCAGAUCGUCCUGGCCAAGGUGGACCAGGCCCUACACACCCACACAGAUGCAGACCCUGCGGAGGAAUACGCCCGCCUCUGCCAGGAGAUCCUCGGGGUGCCUGCCACGCCAGGGACCAACAUGCCUGCCACCUUCGGCCACCUGGCAGGAGGCUACGAUGCUCAGUACUACGGCUACCUGUGGAGUGAGGUGUACUCCAUGGACAUGUUCCACACACGCUUCAAGCAGGAGGGUGUCCUGAGCCCUAAGGUUGGCAUGGACUACCGCACCAACAUCCUAAGGCCUGGUGGCUCCCAGGACGCCAGUGCCAUGCUGAAGCUCUUUCUGGGCCGUGACCCUAAGCAGGAUGCCUUCCUGCUGAGCAAGGGCCUGAAAGUGGAGGGAAGUGAGCCAGCUGCCUGCUGACAGCACCCACCCGCAGAGCCCACCCGCUCCCUGUGCCUUAGUUCCAGCCCAGGAUGGAUGGGCGGCUGCCGGUGUCACAGGCUCUGCUCCUCGGUCCCUGGGACCGGGCCUAGGUUCCAGCCCUGGGCCUCCUUGUUGCACUAACGUCUCCCUGGGCAACACCCUAGUGUGUUGAUGGUUCUGAGAUGCCGCCAUUAAACACUUCACAUGGGA